CCGAGCGAAAGCGUAGGAAAGAAACGAGUGCAUUGACUGUGAGUUGCUAUUCGAUCUUCCCUACAUUUGCGGGAUCAUCUGGUUCGAGAAAUCUCGCACUUCUUGUAUCGAUCCGCCAUGACGACACUUUCCUCUACUACACCUAGACCAAGCGUGCCCAAACGAGCGGAUCAACGAUCGACAAUCACAAUUCUUUUAUUAGGCGAUGAGGGAGUUGGGAAAUCCUCGUUGAUAUCCACCUUUGUCUCUCGAUACUUUUCUGAGGUCGUCCCUGGCAUCAUGACUCGUGUUCGUUUGCCGCCGGAUCCAGAACUGUCCUGUGUCACCACUAUAGUAGACUCGCAGGGGGGCGACCUUGCCUUGCUACAGGCAAUGGCCACUCGCCGCUCUAUGAUGCAACACCAUUCGUCGGUGCACGGUAGCACGGACUCACUAGCCGCGCUCAUGGAGCGGGCGGAAACCAGUAUGAUGACCCAGCAAUCGUCCGCUCCAGAACAAACAACCACGCCGACCGUUAAAUCUUCUGGUAUCGAAAACGUCGACUCAAUUGUUUUGGUGUACGAUUUGGACCGAGUAGAAACUUUUUUUCGUUUGGAGAAUCAUUGGUUGCCUUUGAUUGAAAGAUGUUACAACGGGAAGGUUCCAAUCAUUGUGGCGGAAAACAAACUAGAUCUCUUUCGCCCUUCCAGUACGGCGGGGAUGACGGACGAGCAAGCUGUAGCGCGACAACGACAACAGAUUGUCUCCCUCCUACAACGAUUCCCAUUUGUCCGACAAUGCAUCAAGUGUAGUGCCAAGAACUUGGUACGGGUUGAUGAUGUCUUUCUGAAGGCGCAACAGGCAGUCCUCUACCCCUUCACUCCGCCCUUGUACGAUCUCGAACAUGGACGCUUGACAGAGGAGUGCAAAAGAGCCUUUACUAGGAUCUUUCGAAUGUACGAUUCGGAUCGUGAUGGAUUGUUGAGCGACGUUGAAUUGAAUCGCUUUCAGAUCGAAACCUAUCACGUAGCAGUCUUUGAUCGGGAUUUUUCGGCCUGGAAGAAGGUAGUGUCGCGCAACAACCCCACCGACGAAGUUGUGAUUCAAGACGGCAAAUUCACAAUCGCUGGUUUUUUUGCAAUUUUCGAUCUCUUCAUCAGUCAAAAUCGACUUGAUGUUGUAUGGCAAGCUUUGCGCGAGUUCAAUUAUGAUGACGAUUUGAAUUUGCAUAUACCUGAAAUUGUUACAGCCCCAACCGACGACACCAGUUGGAAGUUGUCAUCGGGCGCGAAAAGAUUCUUGUCAGGUGUCUUUCGUCAAUUUGACCAGGACCAAGAUGAUGUUUUGACUGCAGAUGAUAUAGGGAACAUUUUUUCGAUUCUGCAUCCACCCGCUCUUCCUCCGUGGCAUCCAGCUCGCGCUCCAUUUUUGUUCGCGGGUUGCUUUUCACUGCCCAAGCAGAAAUAUUCGCCAGGCACCGAAAGUCCUAACUUUGGAGGCAAUGUAUCCUUGAUUCUCCCAGGUUCUACCCCAAUGGCCCAGUCUCUAUCAAACAGUGGAAUUUCUAUUUUAAGUGCUUCAGAUUCCCUACCGAGCGUUGCCUUGUCGGGAAUAAGUGUUUCGGAACCUCUCACGUUCUUGGAAUGGAUGGGACACUGGCACACAAUUGCUGCUAUUUCGCCGUCAGUGACUAGAGCGGAACUGUUUAGGUUGGGGCAUAGCGAGGAGUCUCGCAAAACUGAUCCUCGGCCUCGUCGAAGUCGUAAGAAGAAAUCAGCUUCUAUCACCCCAAGUCAAGCGCCAUCCGAUGCCACUUUUCCCUCCAGUGCCAUUAGGGUUUUGGUGCUAGGCAGCGGCUCUUGUGGCAAAACAGCUCUAUUAAAUGCACUAUGUGGCUCGAUGGAAAGCACCGAAGUUUCAGCUACCAACACAACAAGCACUCUGCAUCCCGAGACAAGCAGCACAUACGUAAAGAUCGGUAGGGGGCAAUCGCUUGGCCAUCACGGUACCUGCAGCCCGUCCAAGUCGCAUGAUGUAGUUGAGGAAAUUGUAGCUCAUCUCGUUUUCACAGACGUCCCUGAGACUGCUGCUGUCAGUCAGAGGGAACAUUAUCGAGAAUUAUCCGAGCUCUUUGGCUCGACCGCGUCUCCAAAAGAUCGCGUCUGCGACCUUGCGAUGCUAGUGUUUGACGCUUCGAGUCCUUCGAGCUUUGAAUUUGCCAGAGAACUAGAAGCAAAGCUAUUGACACAGGAGACUCCUCGUGUUUUUAUCGCUACGAAAUCAGACAAGAUAUCUGCUCCCGAACCAGAGGAUGGCGACGCACAGGCUGCGAAUGUGUUGGAAACUGCCACGAUUCAUUGUCGAGAAUCCGACUUGGAACUGCCGCUCUUGACGUCGGCCGCCGACGGCUCACUGCUGAAUUUUGAAAAGCGCAAUGCUACUCUUGACCACUUGGCGCGUUGUGCCCUGGUCGAAGCUGGAGUGACACGCCUAAAGUCGAGGCCGCACGAAGAGAAGCAACGCCGCGAGACUAACCGCCGUCGCAAGAUGAUGUGGCUCGGUGGUAUCGUAAGCGUCGGUGUCGUUGUUGCUGCUGGUGUAGGUCUCCUUUGGGGCAGUCAUGCGACAAAAAAGGAGCAGACGAGUGGCUUUGGAUGGUUGCGUAACUGGUUUGGAGGUACAACCCGGGGUAAUUCACCGCAGGCCAUGUAGUUACAGUGAUGUUGCUAUUGGCAAGACUUUCCAUCUCUCGCUUACCCUGCCAUACUAGGUAAAGACUGAGAAAUUUAUAAUUGCUUUCGAAAAAAAGCCUUGCACCCGAUUUCGGUAUGCAUUACGUCGUCAUAAGUGUUAUCCUUUGGUCAUGAAACUAGUCUAAACCUCGGGCACAUUGCAAUAUGUGCUCACUUAUUUUAUAAUAAAGCACUUUGCAAACUGU